UUCCUCCCCUCCGUGUCGUGGUCAGUUCGCCACUCUCUCACGAGACUUCGCCGGAUUGGGUACGAUGGCGAUUCCAGGCGCUGGGUUUGUUGAGCUCUAAAUCCGAGGCCCAAACCUGCCUACCCGGAUUUGGUAGUUUUGGGUGACCGAAUUCCACAUCCGAUCGGUUUGUAGUGAUUGGACGAGGCUCAGUUGCGUGGGAGCUGAACAACUUCACCAGAAAUCGACCACUUGCGUAAAUCGACUGAAUGGUGGGGAAGAAAGCGAAGUUUGUGCCAAAUCGUAGUCACACCAGGGAUGGAUGCUGAAGAAUGAUGCAGUCAUCAGCACUCAGCACCAACCAACCAGCACUUCUAUAUGCACCUUGUGAGGCCAUCCAUGGACUGUGACAUUGUGUACCCAUCGAUAGCCUUGAGGCAGUGAUUGGGUUCUGUUCAGUAUACGAACUUCAGUCAUGGGCAGUGCUUGCUCGAGGAAGAGAGGGCAAUUGGUCCAUGAGGAUGAACUGUACAGUGUGAGGUUCUCGAAGAGUGGCAGCUUCAAAUGGCUGCUACACACGCUGUCCCGCAGCAGCUCUGAUGUGCUCCGGAAGGCGCAGAGACCUGGGCCAGGUCACUGCCCUUCGCUAGUAGAACUCUGUGUGGCCAGAGUCCGUGAGGAUAUAAGUAGGUAUUCAGAUUUCUCGAUGCUGCCUAGGGAUCUUAGCCAACAGAUAUUCAAUGAACUGGUGGAGUGGAGCUACCUCACUGAGGAGUCACUGGAAGCUUUUCGUGACUGUGCUUUGCAGGAUAUCUGUCUGGAAGAGUACCCUGGAGUGAAGGAUGCUUGGAUGGAAGUAGUCGCUUCGCAAGGGCAAUCCUUGCUAUCCGUUGACAUCUCUUGCUCUGAUGUAACUGAUAGUGGAUUGGAUGUUCUCAAGGAUUGCUCAAAUAUGCAAAGUUUGGCAUGCAAUUACUGUGAUCAAAUCUCGGAACAUGGACUUAAAACAUUGUCAGGCCUCUCAAACUUGACAUCGCUGAGCCUUAAGAAAUGUGCUGCUGUUACCGCCGAAGGAGCAAAGGCCUUUGCAGACUUAGUUAAUUUGGUAAACUUGGACCUUGAGCGAUGUCCAAAAAUUCAUGGUGGCCUUGUUCAUUUAAAAGGCUUGAGAAAACUGGAAACACUGAAUAUGAGAUAUUGUAACUGCAUCACAGAUUCAGAUAUGAAGUAUUUAUCAGAUUUAACGAAUCUGAGAGAGUUACAACUGUCCUGCUGCAAAAUAAGUGAUAUUGGUGUUUCUUAUCUGAAAGGUCUAUCCAAGCUAGCUCACUUAAAUCUGGAGGGCUGUGCAGUGACUGCUGCUUGUUUGGAGGCUAUCUCAGGAUUGGCUUCAUUGAUCUUGUUAAAUCUGAAUAGGUGUGGCAUAUAUGAUGAAGGCUGUGAGAACUUGGAAGGUCUUGUCAAAUUAAAGGUUCUUAAUUUAGGAUUCAACCACAUUACAGAUGCCUGUUUGGUUCAUCUAAAAGAAUUGGUCAGUUUAGAAUGUUUGAACUUGGACUCAUGCAAGAUUGGUGAUGAAGGGCUAUUACACCUGAAAGGCCUUUUGCAGUUACGCAGUUUGGAACUGUCGGACACUGAAGUCGGGAGCAAUGGACUUCGUCAUCUCUCUGGUCUGCGUAAUUUGCAGAGCAUGAAUCUCUCUUUUACAUUGGUCACGGACAUUGGUUUGAAGAAAGUUGCUGGCUUGAAUUCACUGAAGUCACUUAAUCUUGAUAAUCGCCAAAUCACAGACAAUGGCUUGGCAGCUCUUGCAGGUCUCACUGGAUUAACACACCUUGAUCUAUUUGGAGCCCGUAUAACUGAUUCUGGGACAAACUGCUUGAGAUAUUUCAAGGAGUUACAAUCUCUCGAGCUCUGUGGUGGGUUAAUUACAGAUGCUGGAGUGAAGAAUAUCAAGGAUCUCAAAGCUCUAACGCUGCUUAACCUAUCCCAAAAUGGCAACCUCACGGACAGAACCUUGGAGCUGAUUUCGGGCCUGACUGCUUUGGUCUCAUUGAAUCUGUCGAACACCCGUGUGUCCAAUGCUGGUCUCCACCAUCUGAAGCUGCUGCAGAAUCUGCGAUCGUUGUCUCUAGACUCGUGCAAGGUGACGGCGAGUGAGAUCAAGAAGAUACAAUUGGCCUCCCUUCCGAACCUGAUAAGUGUGCGGCCAGAGUAAUCUGGUAAUUGGCACCUUUACGCACCUGUAAAUAGCCACCUGCUUAGAGCAGGCCAUCUUGUACAUAAUCUGCAAGAACGGGCUUGUGCGUCCGUAUGCUGGUCUUCUAAGUUAUGCGUCUGAUCUGGUAGACUGAAAAAUAUCGCCCACCAAAGCUGAUGGGAAGAAACAACUGUAAAUAUGUCGUGCUUCCUCCGCAUUUGGGAUGCUGGUAUGUAACUGGUGGUGUCGCUAAGUUUCUCUGCGUGGUGUUAUUCAGUUAGAUUUCUGUGCUGAACUGCUUAUACUUCGUCUGAGGCUUAGCUGCAUAUGUAUCUUGUAUCCAGAAUAUCCAGUUAAAAAUAAGCAUGUCUGCAUGUGUAUGUGGAAA